UUACAAGAAAAAGUGCAGCUUCUGAUGAGUUUGAUUAUUUUCCACCAGAAGGACAUGUUUCAUUACCUAUCAAUAGUUAUACAUAUUUAUAUUUUGGUGGUGCCAGACGAGGGCAAGAGAGCACCUGGAGCAUGUCAAACAAAUUGUAUAAAUUAUCUUUUGUUGUAGAUGACAAUGAUGUCAAUAUUGAUUUCAUGUCUGAAAUUAAACUUUCAGGUGGUCAAUUUCCACACUUGCAGUCAAGUGCUGGUUUUUAUAUUUCACCUCAAAAUUGUUUGUUUGUUUGGGGUGGUCUCAAUUUGUCAUGUUUUUCCAUGUCAAAUGAAUUAUAUAUUGUCAAAUUAAAUGACAAGAAAGGUGUUGUUGAAAUUAUACAGCCACCAGGUGGCAUCUCUGUAAGAGAAUUAGGGGGUGAAAUUCCCACUGGUAGAUGUGGGCAUACACUUACUCAUUUUUUUGAUUCCUGUGUUAUUUUACAUGGUGGAGUUUGUUUUCCACACAGAAAUUCAUGUGUUGGUUCAUCUCUUUUUAAAAAUGUAACCAAUGAUAACAGUUUUUACUUGUUUGAUUUUGAAAGUCUUUUUUGGACAAAACUCUCUGUGUCAGGAUCUGAACCUAGAGCCUAUCACACUGCCAACAUUAUUGACAUCAGAGGUAUGAAGUCUAUUGUAUAUAUUGGUGGUGUAACAAAAACUGAAAGUGCUCUUCGAAGAAUACCAUUAUCAAAUGUACUGCUUUUGAAGAUGGAUUCUAAUAGGCAUUUUCAUACAGAAAUUCUAAUAUUUGCCAAUUCCCCUGCUGUUGGUGUUUCAUAUCAUUCAGCAGGAGUGAUUGGGCCAUACAUCUUUGUUGUUGGAGGGGUGGAUGAAAAUAAUCUUCAAGGCAGAUGUUCUGUUUCAAUUUUAAAUACAGAAACAUUUUCAUGUGAAAGUAUUCAGUUUGACCGAUAUUUUAGGUCAGCUGGUCAUUCAGUUUGUAAACUGUCUGAUGAUUGUUUGAUGAUAUGUGGUGGUAUGCAUUUGCAAUAUUUUGUUUACAGCAGUAAGCAAAUGGUACCAAGUCCUUGUGAUUUUGAAAAUGAAUGUAGAAUUAUUGAAUCUAUUGAAACAUCCCCCAUAUCUUGGAUUCAGUGUGAAGGUUCAUGUAAAAGAUGGUUACAUCAGUUUUGUGUUGGGGUGUUGGGUACUGACAUGAGUCGUAAAAAAUUUAUUUGCGCCACAUGCUCAAAGACAUGCAGAGAUGCAGGCUCAAAAGUACAAGAUUCAACAACUGACAAUUUAUCUACAGGGGGUAAAAGGGAACUAUCUACAGGGGGACGAAAGGAGCAUGAUGUCGAACCCGAUGGAUGAUCUACAGGGGAACUAUCUACAGGGGGACAAAAGGACGAAGAAGAUGAAGGAUAGUCUCUUGUCUCUGUCGAAGGUCUUGAUCUGUCUUGACUGUCUUUGUUCGCGCUGUAAUAAGAAUGUUCUUGCUGGAUGAAACUGUUUCUUUUAGACUGAGAUGGGAUGCUUAAUUUCCUCUUUAAUAUUUUCUUUGGUCUGCCAGGUUUCACAAAACAAAUGUUACAGUUAAUAGAAUGAGGUACAAAUUCAAACAAAACUGGUAAAUUAAUUUCAAUGUCAUCUUCCGAUUGUCUGUGUCGUGUGAGUCGUAGUCUACAUGCUGUACAAAUUUCAGGAGGAUGAAUGUUCACAGAGUCAAUGUCAAUGUCAAUAUAAUAAAGGGAGGUGAUUGCAGCUCUGAAGUUUUCUUUGGGAUGAGACUUGGAAUUAAUGGGAAUUUUCACUCCACAGAGCCUACACAUGCACUUUAACUUUAAUUCAUGCUCCAUUUCUGUAGAAAAAAUAAAGUUUUGAAUAGAU